GCUCCGGGCACUCGCGGCGGUCCCGGCCCCUCUCCGCCUCRCCACCGCCGCGGUGCUUCCCGGAGCCGCGCGCGCCCCCGGCCGGGCGAGCCGCUGGACGACCAGAGCGCCGCAGGAGCCCGCGGGGACGCCAUGCGAGCCAGGAAGAAGCACGCUGCCGAGUUGCCGCUGCGCAGCUGGGUUGCUUGAGACAGAAGCACCGUGGCUGCUCCAGGAAGCAGAGGAAGAGACAUGUGCCCAUAGUGGACCCCUGGCCCAGGGUUUCCAGAUGGCGGCCCAGCGGAUCCGAGCAGCCAACUCCAGUGGCCUCCCUCGGUGCAAGUCGGAGGGGACCCUGAUCGACCUGAGUGAGGGGUUUUCAGAGACCAGCUUUAAUGAUGUCAAAGUGCCUUCUCCCAGUGCCUUGCUGGCCGAUACCCCCACCCCUUUUGGAAACGCCAAGGAAGUGAUCGCCAUCAAGGACUACUGCCCCACCAACUUCACCACCUUGAAGUUCUCCAAGGGCGACCACCUCUACGUCCUGGACACGUCGGGCGGGGAGUGGUGGUACGCACACAACACCACCGAGAUGGGCUACAUCCCCUCCUCCUACGUGCAGCCCUUGAACUACCGGAACUCCACCUUGAGCGACAGCGGCAUGAUAGACAAUCUUCCAGACAGCCCGGAUGAGGCAGCCACGGAGCUGGAUCUGCUCGGGGGGUGGACAGACGACCAGAAGGGGUCCGGCAAAGCGCACAGUAAUAACCCUUUUUGGAGUGGGGUCCAAACAAACCCUUUCCUGAACGGGAACGUGCCGGUGAUGCCCGGCUUGGACGAGCUGACUCCCAGAAGCACCGUGGACCUGCUGCUGUUUGAUACCGGAACAUCCUCCUUCACUGAAUCCAGCUCUGCCACCACCAACAGCACCGGCAACAUCUUCGACGAGCUCCCGGCCACCCAUGGACUCCACGCUGAGCAGCCGGUCAAACGGGACAACCCCUUCUUUAGAAGCAAGCGAUCCUACAGCCUGUCCGAGCUCUCCGUCCUGCAAGCCAAGUCAGAUGCGCCCACCACGUCGAGUUUUUUCACAGGUUUGAAAUCCCCUGCUCCCGAGCAAUUUCAGAGCCGGGAGGACUUUAGGACUGCGUGGCUGAACCACCGGAAGCUGGCCCGGUCUUGCCACGACUUGGAUCUGCUCGGCCAGAGCCCAGGCUGGGGCCAGACACAAGCCGUGGAGACGAACAUUGUAUACAAGCUGGAUAGUUCUGGGGGUGCCGUGCAGCUCCCAGACACCAGCAUCAGCAUCCACGUGCCCGAGGGCCACGUCGCCCCUGGGGAGACGCAGCAGAUCUCCAUGAGAGCCCUGCUGGACCCCCCGCUGGAGCUCAACAGCGACAAGUCCAGCAGCAUCAGCCCCGUGCUGGAGGUCAAGCUCAGCAACCUGGAGGUGAACACCUUCCUCAUCUUAGAGAUGAAGGUCUCUGCUGAGGUGAAAAACGACAUCUUUAGCAAAAGCACAGUAGGUCUCCAGUGUCUGAGGAGCGACUUGAAGGAAGGGCCGUACCUGCCCAUCCCACUCACCUACAGCCAUGGGGACACCGUCCAGGUGCAGCUGGACAACCUGGAGCCCUGCAUGUACCUGGCCAUUGUGGCCCACGGCCCAAACAUUCUCUACCCUUCCACCGUGUGGGACUUCAUCCAUAAGAAGGUCACCGUGGGUCUCUACGGUCCCAAACACAUCCACCCCUCCUUCAAGACGGUAGUGACCAUUUUCGGGCACGACUGCGCCCCCAAGAUGCUCCUGGUGAGCGAGGUCACCCGGCAGGCCCCCAGCCCUGCCCCCGUGGCUCUGCAUCUAUGGGGAAAGCACCAGUUCCUCCUGUCCAGGCCCCAGGACCUCAAAGUCUGCAUGUUUUCCAACAUGACCAACUACGAGGUCAAGGCCAGCGAGCAGGCCCGAGUGGUGAGAGGCUUCCAGGUGAAGCUGGGCAAGGUGAGCCGCCUCGUCUUCCCCAUCACCUGCCAGAGCCCUGGCGAGCUCUCGGACUUCACGCUGCGGGUGCAGGUGAAGGAUGACCAGGAGGCCCUCCUGACCCAGUUCUGCAUCCAGACGCCACAGCCUCCACCCAAGAGUGCCAUCAAGCCGUCCGGGCAGAGGCGGUUUCUCAAGAAGAACGAGGUGGGGAAGAUCAUCCUGUCCCCGUUUGCAGCCACCACCAAGUACCCGACGUUUCAGGACCGGCCCGUGUCCAGCCUCAAGUUCGGCAAGCUGCUCAAGACGGUGGUGAGGCAGAGCAAGAACCACUACCUGCUGGAGUACAAGAAGGGGGACACGGUGGCGCUGCUGAGCGAGGAGCGCAUCCGGCUGAAGGGGCAGCUAUGGACCAAGGAGUGGUACAUCGGCUACUACCAGGGCAAGGUGGGCCUGGUGCACGCCAAGAACGUGCUGGUGGUCGGGAGGGCCAGGCCCAGCCUGCUCUCGGGCCCCGAGCUGAGCACCUCGGUGCUGCUGGAGCAGAUCCUCCGGCCCUGCAAGUUCCUCACCUACAUCUACGCCUCGGUGCGGACCCUGCUCAUGGAGAACAUCAGCAGCUGGCGCUCCUUCGCAGACGCCCUGGGCUACGGGAGCCUGCCGCUCACCUUCUUCUGCCGGGCGGAGCUGGACAGUGAGCCCGAGCGUGUGGCCUGUGUCCUGGAGAAGCUGAAGGAAGACUGUAACAACCCCGAGAACAAAGACCGCAAGUCCUUCCAGAAGGAGCUCGUGAUGGCCUUACUGAAGAUGGACUGCCAGGGCCUGGUGGUCAGGCUCAUCCAGGACUUUGUGCUCCUGACCACAGCCGUGGAGGUGGCGCAGCGCUGGCGGGAGCUGGCUGAGAAGCUGGCCAAGGUCUCCAAGCAACAGAUGGACGCUUACGAGUCUCCCCACCGCGACAGGAAUGGGGUGGUGGACAGUGAGGCCAUGUGGAAACCUGCCUAUGACUUCUUGCUUACCUGGAGCCACCAGAUCGGGUACAGCUGCCAGAACAUCAUGUACGGACUGCACAUUGGCAUGGACAAGAUAAAAAGCCCCAUCACCAAGCGCUGGAAGCACCUCACGGGGACGCUGAUCCUGGUGAACUCGCUGGACAUCCUGCGCGCAGCCGCCUUCAGCCCCGCUGACCACGAUGACCUGGUCAUCUGAACAGGCGCCCUGGGCACAAGGCUGCGAGCGCAGGGCCCUGUGCUGUCACCAGGGGCGGUGGGGAGCGGGAAGGCUGCUCCCACGGAGGGGGUCGCCACCCAGCCCCAGGCUGGGGACAGGGACACUCUGCCCUUCUCUGCGUCCAGGGACAGCCAGGGGGCUUUCUACUGCAGGUUGUUGCCAAUCAAAUAGCUUUCUAUUUGUGUAAGUGUGAAUUAAAUUCAAA